UUACAAUUCCAAACUGGGGUAUGACUCGACAUUUCACCCUGUACAUUCUAAAGGUGUCGGGGCCGGACGUGAUUGGACGGCUGGAGUCGAGGGGCGGGGGUGACAUAUGCCAUGGCUGGUGACUGGCUGCUCUUGUUGUCCGCUGCGUCUGCGCAGCUCCAGGAGACAGCGAGCGACCCCCCAUCAGCCCCCGCGGCGCAGUGCUCCCACGACCAGGGUCACAGUGAGUCCUGCCGAUGUAGUGUCCCGAAGUAGAGAGAGGCCGGAGAGCGGAGGUCAAGAAAGAACCAUCACAUGAGCGACACCAGAGAAAGAGACACACAGACAGGACGGCGAGCUGAAGACCAGAAAACGAAGGAGAGAUUAACACACGAGAGAAGUAACGUCGCUAGUCUAAAGUGGCGGAAAGACUAAUCAUCUGAUCUGAGGACGCGUUCACUCAAAAGAUGGCGUGGGCGGCGUUAGGACAGUCCAGGGAGGCGAGGGUUCUGUUCCUGCUGUACCUGGCGGCGGUGACUCUAUCCUUCGUAGCGGCCCAGACCGGCGUGAACAUUAUGGUGAUGCACGAGGUGGAGAACGAACAGGCGACCCAGGGCAUCGUGGCGGCCGUGAAGUAUCUGCAGAAGAACACGGGGGAGGGAGUGACGAUCGGCAGCCAGGUGUUCAUCCCGCUCAAAAAAGGCGAUGACGUGGAAGCGACCGUGAAUGAGACGUGUGCCAAGCUGGACGAGGCCAUCGCGGCGGACACCAAGCCCCACAUCGUGCUGGACGCGACUUCUACGGGGCUCAUCUCAGAGACUGUCAAGAGCUUCACCCGCGCCCUCGCCCUGCCCACCUUCUCCGCCUCCUACGGCCAGGAAGGAGAUAUCAGAGAGUGGCGGGACCUGACGGAGGAGGAGGAGAAGUACCUGGUGCAGGCCAUGCCGCCCGGUGACAUCCUGGUGAUGGCCGUGCGGGACAUCGUGGAGACCCAGAACAUCACCAACGCGGCCAUCAUCUACGACGACACGUUCGUGAUGGACCAUAAGUACAAGUCGCUGCUGCUGAACCUGCCGUGCCGCCACAUCCUCACCAAGGCGGAGCAGACCGAGAUGGACCUCAGGAAGCAGACCAAGAGGCUCAUGGACGCCGACAUCGUGAACUACUUCGCGGUGGGCACCCAAAAGACCAUCAGCCGCAUCCUGGACGCCGCCACAGCCAAUAGCAUGUUCGGGAGGAAGUAUUCGUGGUAUGCUCUCUCCAAGGGUAAAGAGGAUAUUCAAUGUGGCUGCGAGAACUCCUCCGUGGUGUACCUGCGGCCCCACCCGAGCCCGGACACCCGAGGGAGGAUCACCAUGCUGCAGCGUGACUACGGGCUGACCGCUCAGCCUAUCAUCGACUCCGUUUUCUAUUUCGACUUCACCAUCAGAGGCAUCAAGGCGGCCGCGCUGUUGGCGCAGGAGGGCAAGUACAACAACUUCGAGUACGUGCGGUGUGACGACUACAGCGAGGACAACCCUAUCAUCCGCAACGACCUCGACCUGCGCAGCGCAUUGCAAAGGGUCACCAUGACGAACACGUGGGGCAACUUGAAGUGGGGCAUGAACGGCAUGACCUUCCCGGAGAUCCCCCUCACCAUGGACAAGUUCCUGAUCCUGGCGGGGCGCACGGCGGAACGCAAGCCCCUGGGGGAGUGGGCGGCUGGCAUGCCCGGGACCCUCAUGUUCAAGUCAGGCAUGAACCUUGUGGAUCACCAGGCGAUGACGGUGUAUCGCGUGACCACAGUUCGCCAGGCGCCCUUCAUCAUGCAGAAGACCAACGAGGAAGGCGAGAUCGAGUUCUACGGCUACUGUAUCGACCUUAUCAACGAGAUCAAGGAAAUUGUGGAGUUCGAGUACGAGAUUUACGAAGCUCCGGAUGGCAAGUUCGGAACCAUGAGUGAAACAAUGGAGUGGGACGGCAUGAUUAAGGAGCUGGUUGAGAAAAGAGCCGACAUCGCCCUGGCCCCGCUGUCCGUCAUGGCUGAGCGAGAGAACGUGGUGGACUUCACUGUGCCCUACUACGAUCUGGUCGGCAUCACCAUCCUCAUGAAGAAACCCAAAGUGCCCACCUCACUCUUCAAGUUCUUGACUGUGCUGGAGCCCGAGGUGUGGGUGUGCAUCCUCUUCGCCUACGGAUUCACCAGUGUGCUCCUGUACGUGUUCGACCGCUUCAGUCCCUACUCCUACCAGAAUAACAAGGAGAAAUACAAGGAUGACGACGAGAAGAGAGAGUUUACCUUCAAGGAGUGUCUCUGGUUCUGCAUGACUUCCCUUACCCCUCAGGGUGGUGGUGAGGCACCCAAGAAUCUUUCCGGCAGACUUGUGGCCGCGACCUGGUGGCUCUUCGGUUUCAUCAUCAUCGCUUCCUACACUGCUAACUUGGCUGCUUUCCUGACAGUGUCACGUUUGGACACCCCGAUCGAGUCCCUGGAUGACCUGAGCAAGCAGUACAAGGUGCAGUACGCCCCCCUCAACGGCUCCUCCACCCAGACCUACUUCGAGCGAAUGGCCUACAUCGAACACAAAUUCUACGAGAUCUGGAAGGACAUGUCUCUGAAUGACUCCAUGAGCCCCGUGGAGCGAGCCAAGCUGGCCGUGUGGGACUACCCGGUGAGUGACAAGUACACCAAGAUGUGGCAAUCCAUGCAGGAGGCGGGGCUGCCCACCUCCCUCGCCGGCGCCGUGGAAAGAGUGCGAAAGUCCACCUCCUCCAGUGAAGGUUUUGCCUACAUCGGUGACGCCACAGACAUCCGCUACCUGGAGCUGACCAGCUGUGACCUGCAGAUAGUGGGUGAGGAGUUCUCUCGCAAGCCGUAUGCGGUGGCGGUGCAGCAAGGCUCGCCCCUCAAGGACCAGUUUAACGAUGCCAUCCUGAAGCUGCUGAACCAGAGGAAGCUGGAGACGCUGAAGGAAAGGUGGUGGAAUCAGAACCCUGAGAAGAAGGUUUGCGAGAAGGAUGAUGACCAGAGCGACGGUAUCAGCAUUGAGAAUAUCGGUGGUGUGUUCAUCGUGAUCUUCGUGGGUAUUGGGCUGGCGUGCGUGACUCUGGCGUUCGAGUAUUGGUGGUACAAGCAUCGCAAGGCGCCCCGCGUGUCAGACUCAGGCCGCGUGCUCAAUGUAAAGUCAGACAUGUCCAAGACAAACUUCGGGCAAGAAAAAUCAAACUUCCAGACAGAAUACAAGAUUAGGUUAAGCUCGUAAUUUCCCGUCUUUUUAAUCAGCAACACCGGCGAUGGCGACUUCAACAUUGCGCCAGUGGGGAACCCGUGGUAGAGGCAGAAGAGGAAUCUCGAUGCGUGGGUUACUUGCUUCAUUUGCUGCUCGGAGUUCAAAGUUGUCUGCUUCAUUCGUCUAUCGUCAGUUUGUGAAGUUUGUCUAAUGUGUGGUGGUUCUGCUUCAGCUGCAAUACCGUCACUACACUGUUCCUUGUCUGUGUUGGUUUGUUAUUGAGUUCAGGAUCGCAUAUGUUUUGAAUUAACCGCAGCAGCUAUACAAAUACUAAUAUCAUAGUUGUGAUUUAGUACAGUAUCCUUGUCCAGGUUUUCAAAUGAGCUUCAGAAUAAAUUUAAUGUAUUAAUUAAUUAAUUAAUUAUUUAUUUAUUUUAUUUAUUUAUUUAUUUUUUAUUUUUUAUUUUAUUUAUUUUAUUUUUUUUGCUUCUUUAGAUGUUACGGCUUAUCGUAUAGUUUGUUAAGUUCUCGCGAUAAGUUUGAGAUUAAUCGUUGCACCGUUAAUGAGUUUUAAUGUAUAAUGGCCAUAUGCUGAAACUUAUCCCAUUGCGAAAGAACCUAUUUGAUUAUUUGCUAACAUAACCUCACCUAACCUGAUGUUGCACUUGUGCAGGAGAGGUUUCGUGGAUGUAAAAGGCUGACAAUGUUGUUUUGGCGAGCCACCUUCUCCUGCUGAAUCUUUACCUAUUUCAUAAUGUAGAUUAUGACUUAUAUUUAUAGCUCAAUUCAUUCCUACCUAGAGUACAAGUUAUAUAAAUAUCUCAAGUCUUCUUCAUUAUCCACAAAUACAAUCUAAGUAGAAGGGAAAGAUUUUGGUGACUGGACAGUCCACAUUGAGUUUACACUCACCAAGCCCUGCUUCACCGUGCCAGACUUGUUGACUUCAUUUACAAUGGACAUUUCAUUGUUUUAAAGUGUAUUUAACAAGUUUUAGAGAUGAUUUAUAAUUAUGAUUUUAAGUACAAACAGUUAAGUAUUUAUGUAUUUGAAGCUCAUUUUAAAACCUUAAAUGUAGCUUUGGCAAGCAAUUACAUGUAAAAUUAGUUCCUUUGAGUUGCUCAAUAAUAUCAUGAGAGUAGGAAAAAGUGAAGUGUAUAUAGUGAUAUAAAAGAUUAGGUGUUAUUUAGUAUAUAGUGAUAUCAGUGUUGAUCACAGAGGUUAGUUCCUGGUAAAGCCACUAAACAGUUUAUGAUGAAGAUAUAUAUAUACAUAUAUACAUAUAUAUUUGAAAUAAUAACCUUUAAACACAUUUUUUUCUGUACAUUUGUCCAUUUCUCCAGUGCAGGCAGCAUUGCCAGUCCUGCUUGACCUUAAUGUUGCAGUAGCCAGGAGAACAUGAAGGGACUGGUGACAAGUGUUCAGGAGGAAGAGUUUCCUGACCCACCUGAAUACUGUACACUGGUGCUGGCUUGGUGCCUUUCUCUGAAAGGUUUUGGUUUUUACAUCAGUAUGUUUGAGGUGCAUGCUUUGGAAAUGUUAUGAAAUGAAAAUUACUUGUCUUCUAAAUAGACUUCUGUUAUACAGCAGUUGUAUCAUUUGGUGAUGAAUUGUGCUCCCAGUGAAAAAAGGUUCCAAUUUUGACACUGGUUUUAAUUGGCUCAAGUUGAUAUUAGAUCCAGACUGGCAGUGGUUCCUGAACAGUUGAAACAAAUGGCAGCUGUACUAAAUUACUGUCAUGGUCAUUGACAAACAACUUGUAUGACUUUGACUAGGAUACACUCCUCUGUAAUGGUAUUAGAUAGACUAUAUCAAUGAUUCAUUAUAAUAUGAUGUCUCAAUCUGCAAAGGUUCUUGCAGUAAAGCUCACCUAAAAGUAGUGUAUCAGUAAGUAUGUCCUGGCAGCUUUAGGGAGUCUAGUCUGGAAAUGUUUAUCCAGUAUAUUUAAUUUCUAGUCUAAAGGGUCUGGUAGCUUUAUGCCAGCAGUGAAAAUUGUCAUGGACCUCCUGAAUAAUAAUUCAUAAAUUUGUAUGUAUAAUAUAACUGGGCACUCAUCUCUCACUAUAACAUGCAUAAUACCCACUAGUCAGCCCACAUACAUGAAGCAUUUAAUGUCAUAAUAGAGAAACCAUCAGGGCUGCCUUGCCCCUCUUUGUGGAUCAUGCAGGCACGGAAUGGGUUAUGUUUGAUCCCUCACCUUGUGUAGUACAGGGCUGCUGCCUCCCAGACUUGCAGCAGACAAUAGCUUGUGCUGGGUGCUGACAACUGUUCCAGAGUGGCCUUUAUUACAGAACUUCAACAUUUUCCCAAUAUUUCAUUGUUCAGUAGACCAUCAGUAUGUCUAUAAUAUGAAAAUUGUCCACAACAGAACAGGCUUGUACUGGAUCUUGCUUCCUGACAGCAGGCAUUGUUAUGACAGUGUCACCAGUUGUGAAUCUCAGGUUUCCUCAACAUAAUUUUGAUAGGAUGGAAGUAUGCAAUGUUAGUGCAGAGGGAAAUUAUAGUGAUGAAUUAAUCAGGACAUUUUAAAGAAAGAUCUCAGAAUCUUGAGGUGAAGUUACAAAUACAUAAUUAUCAUGACUUGUCGAUACAAAGUAAAAAUAUUCUGUCUGCUUAACAAAUCCAGUUAAACAUGGUAAAACCCCAUCUUGAUGGACUUGAUAAUAUAUUGAUUUAUUAAUUUUAUACAGUAUGCUGAUCCCAAGAUUACUAGUAUCUCCUGAGUUGCUUCAGAUGCCGAGAGCCGCACUCCCUGCCUGCCAUGGGCUGUUUGUACUCUGUUGUGCUGAUGUAGACUACUGUUCUCUUUGGGGUUUCCAAAUCAAACUGAAGAGUACUCAACAAAAUAUCUUAUAUCAAAGCUUGGAUAAUAGGUACAUAUGUAAUGUGUAUCUAAUUUUUGUAUAAUUUUCAUAGCAAUAGAGGAUAUGUUUAUGAGGUCCACUAAAAUGAGGUUUUGUUAUACAUUGUUAUGAAUUAGAAAAUAGUGUAAAGGUAUAAUCAUAUUUUGAAGCCAUUUAACCUUACUGAUUAAUCUAGUAAAUAAAUUCUAUUAACAACAAUAACUUAACUCAGCCUUCCCAUUAUUCCUUUAUUCAGGAGUCUAGAUUGCUGUGACAUCAUUGUGAUGGUGCCAAAAAGUUCACAAUAUAUUAUGUAUGUAAUAUACAGUGGCAGCUCAAGAAGUAUCUGACAUUCCGGAAUGGCAGCCAGAUGCUCCUUCAUGUUCUGCAUGACACCUCUGCAAGUCCUAGGCACCCUCAGCUUAUGAAACACCCUGAGAAAUCACAAACUAUAAUCCCACAUUUAUUUUCACCCUGAUAAGAGUUGCUUAUGGCAAAACAUCUUACAGAUUGUGUGACUUAGUAGAAUUUCACUUACAGAAAUCCAAGGCAAAGUUGACUUGGCUUUAGGUCUUUUCAAUAGCUAGAAGCUAGCAUCCCUAAAUUGAACCAGAUCAGACCAUUCAGGUAAAAACUAAGCCAGGAUCACUACAAUGAUUCAUUCUCAUUUUGUACACACCAACAUACAACAUGGCUUGGUUAGUGUUGAAGUAGCCAUUUAAGUAUGAGAUUUUGUCUUUGACAAAAAUAAAUUUGUUGGAAUAUU